AUCUCCUUGGUGAUGUCAUUUACAGUAGUCCAGUCUGUAGUAGCGUAGCGGCUCUCUCUUGUCUCCUCUCCAUAAAUCCACUCCACAUAUCAUCUGUCACUAGUUACCUAUAUCUUCGAAAUCAAUACAUUUUGAACAGUUUCUUCUCCGGAAGCAUAUAGGAAACAUCUCCAAUGGCGUCGCCUCUGAAAGUGUGUAUUGUCGGCUCUGGAAACUGGGGUUCAGCCAUUGCCAGGAUAAUCGGCAGUAAUGCUCAGACCCUGCAGCGUUUUGCCACCACGGUCAAGAUGUGGGUGUUUGAGGAGAACGUGAACGGCAGGAAUCUCACAGACAUCAUCAACACAGACCAUGAGAAUGUCAAGUACCUGCCUGGAUACAAACUACCUGACAAUGUGGUGGCGGUACCCCAGCUCCAGGAUGCUGCUGAGGGGGCUGACCUCCUAGUGUUCGUGGUUCCUCACCAGUUCAUCAGGAAGCUGUGUGAUGAGAUGGUGGGAUGUGUCUCCUCCCAGGCCAGGGGAAUCACACUCAUUAAGGGAAUAGACGAGGGCCCGGAGGGCCUGAAGCUCAUCUCAGACAUAAUCAGGGAGAAGAUGGCUAUCGACGUCAGUGUUCUGAUGGGAGCUAACAUCGCCAACGAGGUGGCAGCAGAGAACUUCUGUGAGACCACCAUCGGCAGUAAGAUCAUGGAGAACGGCCUGCUCUUCAAGGAGCUCCUGCAGACUCCUAACUUCAGGAUCACAGUGGUGGACGAUGCAGACACUGUAGAGCUCUGUGGAGCCCUGAAGAACAUUGUAGCAGUAGGAGCAGGGUUCUGUGAUGGGCUGAGGUGUGGGGACAACACCAAGGCAGCGGUAAUCAGACUAGGACUGAUGGAGAUGAUAGCCUUCGCUAAGCUCUUCAGUAAAGAUGGCGUCGUCUCCUCUGCAACCUUCCUGGAGAGCUGCGGCGUGGCUGACCUCAUCACGACCUGCUAUGGAGGACGCAACCGGCGCGUUGCCGAGGCCUUCGCCAAGACAGGAAAGACUAUUGAGGUCCUGGAGCAGGAGAUGUUGAAUGGACAGAAGCUCCAGGGUCCUGCUACCUCAGCUGAAGUCUACCACAUCCUCAAACAGAAGGGACUGGUGGAUAAGUUCCCUCUGUUUGUGGCAGUGUAUCAGAUCUGUUUCGAGGGCAAGCCGGUACAGGAAAUGAUCUCCUGUCUACAGAGUCACCCAGAGCACCUGUGAGUGCAGCUAGCUAGGUAUGCUAGGCUAACUUCAGAUAGCAGAGCUAGCUCCAUCUCUCCUCUCCAGCUGCUCUCCUCUGACCUCUAUCUAUAGAGAAGCUGUUCUUUCAAACAACCUACCCUCCUUCCUUCCUUCCUCCCCACCCUACCCUUCCUUCCCUCCCUCCCUCCCUCCCUCCCUC